AUGUCGAACCCAUCGUCUCAACUAUUCCGUCUCAUCCAGAAUACGGCCACGAAACACCGUAACCCCAAGCAAAUCUCGAACAAGUACAGUUUACAAAUCUCCUGCAACGUCAAACCCAACGCGUCUGCAAAUCGCGAAGGCAUCAUAGCAGUUGGCUCUGAGAAAGUGGACGUUUGUGUGGCUGCCGUCCCACGAGACGGCGAAGCCAACGCGGCCGUAUCACGAGUGUUUGCUCAGAUCCUCAAAGUCCCCAAAUCUACGGUGGACGUCAUUCGCGGUUUGAAGUCGCGCGACAAGACACUUUGUGUUUCUGAUUUAGAGAUUGGGACCGAAGGCGAAGAGAAAUUUAUACAGCAAGUACGUCAAAAGCUGGAGGAAGCGGUGAUCAAGAAAUAA